CUGAGCUGCGCAUGCGUCGCGCGAGCGGCCGCCUCCGCCUCUAGUAGGGCUCGCGGCGGGGCUGAGCGUCCGGCUCCGCAGUCGGAGCCGCCCAGGAGCCGGUGAACCGAGCGGUCUCGUCAGAAGGGCGCGGGAGGGCAGGCGCAGGAAGAAGGAGCACCGCGGCUGAGAAAAAUGGUGUUCGAGUCGGUGGUCGUGGACGUGUUGAACCGGUUCUUGGGGGACUAUGUGGUGAACCUGGACAAGUCCCAGCUCAAUCUGGGCAUCUGGGCAGGAGCUGUGGCCCUGAAGAAUCUUGAAAUUAAAGAAAAUGCCCUGAGUCAACUGGAUGUACCGUUUAAAAUUAAAGUUGGCCAUAUAGGUAAUCUUAGUCUUAUAAUUCCAUGGAAAAACCUUUAUACCCAACCAGUUGAAGCUCUGUUGGAAGACAUUUAUCUACUCAUAGUGCCUUCUUCUAGAAUAAAAUAUGAUCCUUUAAAAGAAGAAAAACAACUCUUUGAAGCAAAGCAACAGGAACUGAAAAGGAUAGAAGAAGCAAAACGAAAAGUAGCUGAUCAAGAAAAACAUCAGGUGGAGAAACAGGACACUUUUACAGAAAAAUUAAUUACUCAGAUCAUAAAAAAUCUUCAAGUGAAAAUUUCCAACAUCCAUAUUCGCUAUGAAGAUGAUGUCACAAAUCGAGACAACCCGCUGUCAUUUGGUAUUUCCCUUCAGAAUCUUAGCAUGCAGACAACUGAUCAAUACUGGAUUCCAUGUUUACAUGAUGAAACUGAGAAACUAUUUCGUAAGUUAAUCCUAUUGGAUAACCUUUUUGCCUAUUGGAAUGUGAAGUCUCAGAUGUUUUAUCUUGGUAAUUAUGAUGAAUCAUUGGACAGCCUGAGGAAUGGUAUUGUUGAUGAAAGUAUUAUUCCAGAAGGUUAUGAUUUUGUAUUUCGCCCCAUAUCUGCUAAUGCCAAACUUCAGAUGAAUCGCGGAUUGGAUUUUGACUUUUCUGCCCCCAAAAUAAGCCUGGAUGUUGAGUUACAUGACAUAACAAUUGAAUUUAAUAAACCACAGUAUUUCAGUCUUAUGGAACUUCUUCAAUCGGUUGAUAUGAUGACGCAAAAUCUACCAUACAGGAAAUUCAAACCUGAUGUACCUCUCCACUACCAUGCCAAAGAAUGGUGGGUUUAUGCUAUACGUGGUAUUCUUGAAGUAAAUGUUCGGCCCCACUUACGGAUGUGGUCAUGGAAGCAUAUAAGAGAACACAGGCAAAAAAUGAAGCAAUAUAAAGAACUGUAUAAAAGAAAGCUAACAAGUAAGAAGCCGUCUGGUGAACUUCUCAACUCUUUGGAGGAGUUGGAAAAGACUUUGGAUGUAUUUAAUAUAACUAUAGCAAGACAACAGGCAGAAGUUGAGGUAAAGAAAGCUGGAUACAGGAUUUUCAGAGAAGGAGCACAAGAGUCAGAGGAUAAUAAAGGAUGGUUUAGCUGGCUGUGGACUUGGUCAGAAUCACGUACUAAACAACAACCAGAUCUUAAACCUGGAAGUCUUGAAGAAAUGUUGACACCUGAAGAAAAAACUUUACUAUAUGAAGCAAUUGGCUAUAGUGAAACAGCAGUUGAUCCAACCUUGCCAAAAACAUUUGAAGCCAUGAAGUUUUUUGCUCACUUGAAAAGUAUGUCUAUUAUUCUAAGAGAACAACAACAAAAAUAUGAACUGUUAGAUAUUGUAGUGGAAGAAUUUAGCACUUUGAUUGUGCAAAGACCAGGAGCACAAGCAUUUAAAUUUGAAACCAAAAUAGGUUCAUUUCAUGUUACUGGCUUACCAGAUAAUUCAACAAAACCCCGCCUCCUGUCUUCAUUGGAUGAUGCUGCAUCACUCUUGCGAAUUAUAUUUGAGAUAAAUCCAUUAGAUGAAACUGUUGCUCAAAGGUGUAUCAUAGAAGCUGAACCUUUAGAAAUGCUAUAUGAUGCAAGAACAGUUAAUAGUAUAGUGGAAUUCUUCAGACCUCCAAAAGAGGUAAAUCUAGCACAGCUGACUUCAGUGACUUUGACAAAACUUGAAGAAUUUCGUGAUAAGACAGCAGCAGGUCUGCUGUAUAUUAUUGAAACACAGAAAGUUCUUGAUCUCAAAAUUAAUUUGAAGGCUUCAUAUAUUAUUAUCCCACAAGAUGGAAUUUUUAGCCCUACAUCAAAUCUGCUUCUUUUGGAUCUUGGUCAUCUAAAGGUGACAAGUAAAAUUCGUUCAGAAUUACCAGAUUUAAAACAAGGUGGGGCGAAACUUGAAGAGAUAAUGCGUAGAGCUUAUGAUUCCUUUGAUAUUCAGCUUACAAGCAUACAGCUGCUUUACAGCAGAGUUGGUGAUAAUUGGAAAGAAGCACGAAAACUCAAUGUAUCCACACAACAUAUCUUGGUACCUAUGCACUUCAAUGUGGAACUCUCUAAGGCCAUGGUUUUCAUGGAUAUAAGGAUGCCCAAAUUCAAGAUUUUUGGAAACUUACCACUGGUUUCUUUACGAAUCUCAGACAAAAAACUGCAAGGGAUUUUGGAAUUGAUUGAAAGCAUCCCAAAACCCCCACCUGCAACUGAAGUAAAUGUCCCUGUCAAACCAUUUCAGAUUCAAAGAUCCACUUCUUUGGGAACAUCACAGAUUUCACAGAAAAAGUUUCCUCUUUUGGAAAUUCCAUGUGUUGAAGAUGAUUCAGAUGAGGAGUUUUUUGAUGCCCCAUCUAGUCCCUUGGAAGAGCCUCUUCAACCUCCAUCUAGAGUUAAAAGUCCUCAACAAAAAAAGCUUCAAAAGCCAGAUUGUUCAAAAAAUAUGAUUGAGUAUAAAAUAAGAUUUGAAGUGCCAGAGGUUUUGAUUCAAUUCUGUCACCUUGUUGGAGAUUGUGAACUACCUGUGGUAGAAAUUAAUGUCUUGGGAUUGGGCACAGACAUUGAGCUUAGAACAUUUGAUUUGAAAGCAAAUGCCUUUUUGAAAGAGGUCUGCUUAAAAUGCCCAGAAUAUUUUGAUGAAAACAAGAAACCAAUUUAUUUGAUUACAACACUGGAUAACACAAUGGAAGAUCUGUUAACACUGGAAUAUGUGAAGGCUGAAAAGAAUUUACCCAUAACAAUGUUGAAGGACACCUAUAACAGUGUUGUGCAACUGAUUAAGGUGAAUUUUUCCUCUUUGGACAUUCAUUUACAUACUGAAGCACUUCUGAAUACAAUAAAUUAUUUUAAUAAUAUCCUUCCAUAUUCGGAGGAAAAACCAGCCCCAGUGCAUAUUGCAGAGACUGAAGACAAAGGAGAGUUUAUUAAAAAAAUACCUUUAAAAUUAUCCAAGAAUGAAGAUAUUGUUACCUUACAAAUUUUAGCAGAAUUAUCAUGUUUACAGAUCUUUAUUCAAGAUCAGAAACAUAACAUUUCAGAAAUUAAGAUUGAAGGGCUUGAUUCUGAGAUGAUUAUGAGGCCAUCAGCGACUGAAAUAAAUGCAAAGCUAAGGAAUAUAAUUGUUCUGGAUUCUGAUAUAACAGCUGUAUACAAAAAGGCUGUUUAUAUUACUGGAAAAGAAGUUUUCAGCUUCAAAAUGGUUUCUUAUAUGGGUGCAACUGCUGGUUCUGCGUACACAGAUAUGAAUGUGUUUGACAGUCAAGUUAAUUUAACUGUUGGUUGCAUUGAAGUAGUUCUUGUCACAAAAUUUCUGUAUUCUGUAUUGGCUUUUAUAGAUAAUUUUCAAGCAGGUAAACGAGCCUUGGCUGAGGCAACUGUUCAGGCAGCAGAAAUGGCUGCUACUGGUGUAAAAGAACUGGCACAAAGGAGUUCUAGAAUGGCAUUGGAUGUUGACAUCAAAGCCCCAGUUGUGGUUAUCCCACAGUCUCCAGUUUCUGAAAAUGUUUUUGUUGCUGAUUUUGGACUAAUUACAAUGAAAAAUACAUUCCAUGUGAUAACAGAGAGUCAGAUCAACCCCCCACCCAUUAUUGAUUUGAUAACGAUAAAGCUGAGUGAAAUGCGACUAUACAGGUCUCAGUUUAUUAAUGAUGCAUACCAGGAAGUACUGGAUCUACUAUUGCCACUAAAUCUUGAGGUGAUUGUUGAGCGAAAUUUAUCCUGGGAGUGGUACCAGGAAGUUCCUUGCUUUAAUGUAAAUGCUCAACUAAAGCCCAUGGAGUUCAUUCUUAGUCAAGAAGAUAUAACAACUAUUUUUAAAACAUUAUACGGCAACAUAUGGUAUGAAGAAGGUGAUAGUGCCUCAUGUGGAGUAAUAAAAGAUCAGUCUAGUGUUACUAGUGGUGCUACUAAUGCUUCACACCAUUCAGGAGGAACAACUGUAGUGACAGCUGCUGUGGUAGAAGUACAUUCACAUGCUUCCCAAGUUAAGACAACACUAAAUAUGAGUUUCAGAACUGAUUAUCUCACCAUGGUACUGUAUAGUCCAGAUCCUAAACAGACUUCCUUUACAGAUAUUCGUGAUCCUUCUCUGAAACUUGCUGAAUUUAAGUGGGAGAAUAUUAUAAGUACUUUAAAAAUGUCUACAGAUGACUCAACAUUUUCUUCCUUCUCAUUAAAAAACUGUAUUUUAGAUGACAAAAGGCCUCAUGUCAAGAAGGCAACUCCUAGAAUGAUAGGACUAACUGUUGGGUUUGACAAAAAGGACAUGAUGGAUAUAAGGUAUAGGAGAGUCAGAGACGGUUGGGUGGCUGAUUUAGUCCUUCAAGAAAUGUAUAUUUGUGCAAGUGUGGAAUUUCUGCUGACAGUUGCAAAUGUCUUUCUUGAGGCCUACACUACAGGCACUGCUGUAGAAACCAGUGUUCAAACAUGGCCUGCUAAAGAAGAAGUACUUGUACAGCAAUCAGAGAAGUGGGAAAUUAAUAUUAUUAUUAAAAAUCCUGAAAUUGUGUUUGUGGCUGAUAUGACAAGAAAUGAUGCUCCUGCCUUAGUCAUUACAACACAAUGUGAGAUUUGUUGGCAAGGUGACUUUGAAAAUAAUACAAUGACCGCUGCCAUUAAAGAUCUCCAAGUGAGAGCAUGCCCAUUUCUUCCAGUCAAGAGAAAAGGAAAAAUCACUACUGUUUUGCAGCCUUGUGACUUGUUCUAUCAAGCUACUCAGAUAAGUACAGAUCCACAAGUGAUUGAAUUAUCAGUAAAAUCCCUCACACUGAAGGUUUCACCAGUUAUCAUAAAUACUGUGAUUACCAUAACUUCAGCACUUUAUACAGCUAAGGAAACCAUCCCACAAGAAACUGCUUCUUCUACAGCACAUUUAUGGGAAAAGAAGGAUACAAAGAAUUUAAAAAUGUGGUUUCUUGAAGAACCAAAUGAAGUUGAAAAAAUAGCUCCCACAACUGAAUUGGUACCCAAAGGAGAAAUAAUAAGAAUGAACAUUGAUUCUAUUUUUCUAGUUCUUGGGGCUGGAAUUGGUCAUCGAACAGUACCUAUGCUUUUGGCAAAAUCACGUUUCUCAGGGGAAGGCAAAAACUGGAGUUCCCUAAUAAAUCUCCACUGUCAACUUGAGCUAGAAGUACAUUAUUACAAUGAAAUGUUCGGUGUGUGGGAGCCUUUGCUUGAACCCUUAGAAAUUGAUCAGACUGAGGAUUUUAGACCAUGGAAUCUUGGAAUCAAGAUGAAAAAGAAAGCCAGAAAGGCCAUUGUUGAGUCAAGUACUGAAGAAGAAAAUUACAAGGUACCAGAAUAUAAAACUGUCAUCACUUUCCAUUCAAAAGACCAACUAAACAUUACAUUAUCCAAAUGUGGCCUUGUAAUGUUAAAUAAUUUAGUCAAGGCAUUUACAGAAGCUGCCACUGGAUCUUCAGCUGCCUUCAUAAGGGAUCUAGCACCAUUUAUGAUUUUAAAUUCUCUUGGACUUAGUAUCUCUGUUUCACCAAGUGACUCUUUUAGUGUGCUCAGCGUACCUAUGGCAAAAUCAUAUGUAUUGAAAAAUGAGGAGAGUUUAAGUAUGGAUUAUAUCCGAACUAAAGACAAUGAUCAUUUCAAUGCAAUGACCAGCCUAAGCAGCAAAUUCUUCUUCAUUCUUCUUACACCUGCUAACCACUCUACUGCUGAUAAAAUCCCUUUAACAAAAGUGGGACGACGACUGUACACUGUAAGACACAGAGAGUCUGGAGUUGAAAGAUCUAUUGUUUGUCAAAUUGAUGCAGUGGAAGGAAGUAAGAAGGUAACAAUUCGCUCCCCAGUGCAGAUUAGAAAUCAUUUUUCAAUACCACUUUAUGUUUAUGGAGCGGACACCUUAUUGGGAACGGCUUCACCUGGAAGUGAAUUUAACAUACCAUUAGCAUCUUACCGAUCACUCCUUUCCCUGAAGCCAGAAGAUGAGGACUAUCAAAUGUGUGAAGGAAUUGAUUUUGAAGAAAUUAUAAAAAAUGAUGGCACUUUUCUCAAGAAGAAAUGUAGAUCUAUAAACCCUUCCAAGAAGCCAUUUAUCAUUAAUAUUGUCCCAGAAAAAGAUAAUUUGACAUCUGUGCCAGUGUAUUCAGAAGAUAGUUGGGACUUACCAUAUAUAAUGCAUUUGUGGCCACCUAUUCUACUCCGAAAUCUUCUUCCUUACAAAAUUGCUUAUUAUAUAGAGGGCAUUGAACAUAGAGUUUUUACUCUACAUGAAGGCCAUUCAGCCCAGAUUUGUACUGUACAGUUGGAUAAAGCCAGGCUGCAUUUAAAAUUACUUGACUAUCUUAAUCAUGAUUGGAAAAGUGAAUAUCAUAUGAAACCUAAUCAACAAGAUAUUAGUUUCAUCAGUUUUACUUGUGUUACAGAAAUAGAAAAGACUGAUUUAGAUAUUGCUAUCCAUGUGACUUAUAAUACUGGCCAGACAGUUAUGGCAUUUCAUAGUCCUUACUGGAUGGUCAAUAAAACUGGUCGAAUGUUACAGUAUAAAGCAGAUGGAAUUCAUCGAAAGCAUCCACCUAAUUAUAAAAAGCCAGUUCUCUUUUCUUUUCAGCCAAAGCACUUUUUUAAUAACAAUAAGGUUCAGCUUAUGGUAACUGAUAGUGAAUUGUCAGAUCAGUUUUCAAUUGAUACUGUUGGUAGUCAUGGAGCUGUUAAAUGUAAGGGCCUGAAAAUGGAAUAUCAAGUUGGUGUCACUAUAGAUCUUAGCAGUUUUAACAUUACCAGAAUUGUCACAUUUACACCCUUUUUUUUGCUUAAAAACAAAAGUAAAUAUCGUAUAUCAGUGGCUGAAGAGGGAAGUGAUAAAUGGCUCUCUCUUGAUUUGGAGCAGUGUAUCCCCUUUUGGCCUGAGGAUGCUUCUAAUAAACUUCUUAUUCAAGUUGAAAGAAGUGAAGGCUCUCCCAAAAAGAUACAUUUUAACAAGCAAGAAAGUUGUAUUUUAUUGCGUCUGGAUAAUGAGCUUGGAGGUAUUAUAGCAGAAGUUAAUUUGGCUGAGCAUUCUACAGUUAUUACAUUUUCAGAUUAUCGUGAUGGAGCAGCUACAUUCCUGUUAAUAAAUCACACCAAGAAUGACAUUGUUCAGUACAAGCAAAGUUCCCUCUGUGAAAUAGAAGAUUCCCUCCCUCCUGGAAAAGCAGUUUUUUAUACGUGGGCUGAUCCAGUGGGCUCUAGAAAGCUGAAGUGGAGAUGUGGAAAAAGCCACGGUGAAGUAACACAAAAGGAUGAUAUGAUGGCACCUAUAAAUCUGGGGGAAAAGACCAUUUAUUUAGUUUCAUUCUUUGAAGGCUUACAACGCAUUAUUUUAUUCACUGAAGAUCCAAGGGUAUUUAAAGUGACAUAUGAAAGUGAGAAAGCAGAGUUAGCAGAGCAAGAAAUUGUGUUGGCAUUACAAGAUGUUGGAAUUUCUCUUGUCAACAAUUAUACAAAGCAAGAAGUAGCCUAUAUUGGCAUUACAAGUUCUGAUGUGGUUUGGGAGACAAAGCCCAAGAAGAAGGCAAGAUGGAAGCCAAUGAGUGUAAAGCACACUGAGAAGUUAGAGAAAGAAUUUAAGGAAUAUACUGAAUCUUCACCAUCAGAAGAUAAGGUUAUUGAGUUGGACACUAACAUUCCGGUUCGCUUCACACCUAGUGGUACUAACAUGAAAAUUCUGCAGCCACAUGUAAUAGCUAUAAGAAGAAAUUACCUUCCAGCAUUAAAAGUAGAAUAUAGCACAUCUGCACAUCAAUCAUCAUUUAGAAUUCAAAUUUACAGAAUACAGAUCCAAAACCAGAUACAUGGUGCUAUAUUUCCAUUUGUGUUUUACCCCAUUAAACCUCCUAAGUCGGUCACCAUGGAUUCAGCACCAAAGCCCUUUACAGAUGUCAGUAUUGUCAUGAGAUCUGCAGGACAUUCGCAGAUAUCACGUAUUAAGUAUUUCAAAGUGUUGAUCCAAGAAAUGGAUCUCAGGUUGGAUCUUGGGUUUGUCUAUGCUAUAUCAGAACUUAUGACAGCAGCUGAAGUAACUGAAAAAAUAGAGGUUGAGCUUUUUCAUAAAGAUAUAGAAGCUUUCCAAGAAGAAUAUAAAAUAGUUUCAUUAGUAGAUUCAUCACAAGUCAGUCUCUAUGAAUACUUUCAUAUAUCUCCUAUCAAGUUGCAUUUAAGUGUUUCACUGAGUUCAGGUGGCGAAGAAGCUAAAGAUUCAGAACAACCUGAAGGACUGAUGGCAGUUCAUUCUUUAAAUCUUUUGCUGAAGAGUAUUGGUGCCACCCUUACAGAUGUACAAGAUGUAGUUUUUAAGCUUGCAUUUUUUGAACUCAACUAUCAGUUCCAUACAACAUCUGAACUACAGUCUGAAGUAAUAAGACACUAUUCAAAACAGGCCAUUAAGCAGAUGUAUGUACUCAUUCUUGGACUUGAUGUUUUGGGAAAUCCCUUUGGCUUGAUUAGAGAAUUUUCUGAAGGUGUAGAAGCAUUUUUUUAUGAGCCUUACCAGGGAGCCAUCCAGGGUCCUGAAGAGUUUGUGGAAGGAAUGGCACUGGGACUGAAAGCACUAGUUGGUGGAGCUGUUGGUGGAUUAGCUGGUGCUGCCUCCAAAAUUACCAGUGCUAUGGCUAAAGGGGUAGCAGCUAUGACUAUGGAUGAAGACUACCAACAGAAGAGAAGAGAAGCCAUGAACAAGCAACCAGCUGGUCUUAGAGAAGGCAUCACUCGUGGAGGAAAAGGAUUAGUUUCUGGUUUUGUAAGUGGCAUAACAGGAAUUGUUACAAAACCGAUCAAAGGAGCUCAAAAAGAAGGAGCGGCUGGUUUCUUUAAAGGUGUUGGGAAAGGUUUAGUUGGAGCAGUGACAAGGCCAACUGGAGGCAUCAUAGACAUGGCUAGCAGUACAUUUCAGGGAAUAAAAAGAGCUACAGAGACUUCUGAUGAAGUGGAGAGUCUGCGACCCCCUAGGUUCUUUAAUGAAGAUGGAGUUAUCAGACCUUACAGGUUGAGGGAUGGUACUGGAAAUCAAAUGUUACAGGUCGUGGAAAAUGGAAGAUUUGCAAAAUACAAAUAUUUUACCCAUGUCAUGAUCAAUAAAACAGACAUGUUAAUGAUAACCAAAAGUGGUGUGUUGUUUGUAACAAAAGGAACGUUUGGACAGCUUACAUGUGAGUGGCAGUAUAGUUUUGAUGAGUUUACCAAAGAGCCAUUCAUUGUUCAUGAGAGAAGGUUGCGCAUUGAAGCAAAGGAGCGGGUGAAGUCUGUAUUCCAUGCCAAAGAGUUUGGAAAAAUAAUUAACUUCAAGACCCCAGAGGAUGCAAGGUGGAUCCUCAGAAAGCUAGAAGAAGCAAGAGAACCUUCCCCGAGCCUCUGACAGAGACUGCUGCCUGAAGAUACACAGCAAUAAAUCAUUACAAUUUCUACCUUGUACCUUCUAAAACCUGUUUGGGAAGUAUAGUAUAGAAGUAAUUUCAAGUACUUUUAAAAAAAAAUCAGAAUCAAGUAAAACAGCUGCAGGAUUGUAGUUCCUCUUGCUGCUGGUGUCUGCCCCCAGUGGGUGAGAUUGAUUUAGGGGCUUGUGCAGGCUUCCUGGUAGGAGGGACUGGCACCUGCCCACU